CUCUGAUAGGUCAGUUUCGAUAGGUUUCCCUCAGAACUGCAAGACGCCGAUAUUGCAUUACAUUGUAGCAAAAUGGCGACUGUCAUUCAGAAUCCACUAAAAGCAUUGGGUGACCAGUUCUACAAGGAUGCCAUUGAGCAGUGCCGCAGCUACAAUGCCCGCCUGUGCGCCGAACGCAGCGUGCGCCUGCCAUUCCUGGACUCACAAACUCGUGUGGCCCAGAACAACUGCUACAUCUGGAUGGAACGUCAUCAACGCAGCCCAGCAGGGGUGGCGGCCGGGCAGAUGUACACGUAUCCGGCUCGUUGCUGGCGAAAGAAGCGAAGGCUGCACACCGCCACCGACCCCAGCCUGGGCAUCUUUGGUCUCAAGCUCGACAACGGGCUCAUGUCCAAGGACACAUUGCCCACCCAGAGCACAACUCUCGAAGCUCUGCUAAGAGGCGAAGGUCUAGACAAGAGGAACUCCAGGAACGACGAAGAGAGUUUGCUGGAGAUCCAGAGAGUCCUCGAGGCAGACGCGGCAGAAGAUGCUUUCAAUGAUGAUGACGACUACGAGGUGGACACGCCCAAGAGGAGACACAGAGGCAAAGGAAGGGGUCGGGGUUCAGGCCGGAGGAAGGCUGAAAUGGAUGAUGACAAGCCAUAUGUCUGUGACAACAGAUACAAACAAAGGAAUAAUUCCAAAUCAUCAACCUCAGUCUAUGCGAAGCGCUAUAGGAGCCGUACAGGACUAAGCUACCACUAUACCAAUUCCCAUCUUACUGAGGAGGACAGAGCUGAGGAGAGGAGCGCUGUCUCAUCAAGGUCUCCUUAUGUACAACCCACUGACAGACACAAACGUCCAAAGGCGCCGAGCGGGGCCAGAAUUCCCAACCGAUACUGUGAGAAAUGUCAGAAUGCCAACAAGAAGCUUAUGAAAUCUGGCUCCCCCUGCACAACCUGCCAAUGCACACCUGACGGCGGCGAGGAGAAGGAGGACGGUGGCGGUGGCAACGCGGGCGGUGCCGAGGAGCUGUUUGCCACCACGUCGGAGAGCGAUGCCUCCACCUUUCACGGCUUUGAGGAUGACGACCUGGAAGAGCCCGCCGCCAACAGCAAUGGAUUAUCCAGCCGACACAGAUAGACACACUCAUUUUCCAUCUACAAAAAAAGAAAAAGAAAAAAACCAUCUGGAUUCAUCUCUGGCAAAAAUCUGCUGCUGCUUUUUUUUUCCCACUCCCCCAACUUUUUGUUUGCAGAAAGCACAACGUGAUCACUUCGGGACAAAAAAAAAAGAAUAUAUAUAAGUUGUAUUUUAUCUACUGGACUUUUAAUUUAUGAAAUUUUAUUUAUAAACAUCUAUAAAUUAAGUCAACUAAUGA